AUGGAAGAAAAUGAUUUUAUGAAGAAUAAUUUCAACAAAUCAUAUUUAGCUUUUUUCUUGAAAUCUCUACUACAACCAAGGGAUUUUGAGAAAGCUGUGCUGAUUUUGGAGACUGAAAUUAGGAGAUUCUCUGAGAAACUGUUGAAAUCCAGUGAAACUUCGAAAAGUGAAGCUGAGUUGAAGAAAAAAUUAGAAAUUUAUAAAACAAUGUUUCAUGAGCUUGCUGUAGAGUUUGAUGAAUAUGAAAUGGAAUCCGUUGCUACUAAAAAAGCCCUAAAAUCAAAAAUGAAGAGGGCACAAAAAAGGGUAACCUACUUGGAAAAGAAGCUUGAAGAGAGUGAAAAAAAGCAUUCUGAGGAGCUUACUACUGUUAUUAGGAAUGAUAAUGAGGAACUAGGAAAGGGGGAAACUGAGGAAGCAAAUGGGUGUGUUCAGAUUAGGAUGGACAACACAAAUUUUGAGAGCGAAAAAGGAAGAUUAGAGGAUCAGACUGGCGGCAAUCAGAAUAAGAAUGGUGUAGACAUGGAGUCUGAAUGUUUGAAACCCGAACGAGAAAUGGAAUUGGAAGUUUGUAGAGCCAAGUGUCAGGAGUUGUCUAUGGAGCUGGAGGAAAAGAAAAUGAAAUGUGUUGCAUUUGCGGAUAAGUUGGAGGCUACAUUGUUGAGGAAAAGCGCCGCGGAUGAUAAGCUCAAGGAGUACUUGACAUUGUGUGAUGGGCUUAAAGAGCGAAUUAGUUCUCUAGAAGGUAAUCUUGAAAGUAUGUGCGAAAGAGAGAAUGCAGCUCAAGAAAGAAUUACUAUCUUGUCAGAGAAAAUGAAAAAUAUAACCAGAGAUGGAAGUAAAAAGCAUGCUCAUCUCAAGGAAAAUGAUAUGGAUUCGGAACCAGCAGAGGGUGAUAUUGAAGUUGGGUGUCCUGGGUUGGAGACAAGAGAAUCAAGAUUUCCAUGCAAGCUUCAAUUGGUGCAAAUGAAAAGCUUAUAUAGGCCGUUAAUUAGGUGUGACAAGAGUGCUUUUUCUCCCUAUGUAAGUUCUAUACACCAAUCUUCGGCUAAAGAGAAGAAUAAUGUAUGUGUUUCAAACCCACCUUCUGUCGACAUCCAGGGCAAGACUUUGGUAAAGGCUGAGGAAGUGAGCAAGAUGAUCCCAUCAGAGUCAAAGGUUGAACACAAUGAAGCAGCUAUCAUCGAGGUAAGUGACGAUAGUUCUAUAAUAUGUUGGGAUAAUAAUAGAGAUGAUUCAAAUCAGGUAGAUGAGGGUUACGAAAGCAGCUGUGAUGAUGACUGCCCAUGCAGUUCAAAACACAAGCGAAAGAGGGGUUCAGAAAUAGUAGCUAGUGAAAAUGAAUCUGAGAGCCAGAGCCAAGAUGAACUUAAGUUGAAGAAACUUAGAGAACUGAAAUACGAUGUUCCCAAAUCCUCUCCUGAAAAUGGCAAAAUCGAUGUGAUACAAGAGGAUUAUUUAAUUCCUGGUGGUGAGCGAUUGGGUGGAUCUAUUGUGGAAGAAUCUUAUAGUUCAGAUACUUCUAGUAAGUCACAAGAUGCAGAGAAUAAUUGUUUGGAUUUUUCUCAGGCUAUGCAGAUGGGUUUUAAGUGCAAAGAUGAACAGAAAACAAAUUGGAAAGUCGAAGCUGACAUGGUUUCUUCAUUUGAAGAGGAUCCCAAGCUCUGCUUGCAAGCGGUUUGUGCACUCUAUCGCCAGCUAACAUCCAACGGAGAAUUUCUGGAGGAUUCUUUGGAUAACUGUUACCUAGGAUUUAACAAGAUUGAUACACUCAGGGGAACUGCAUUAGCCGAGUUUCUCACAGACGGGGAUCAAGAAGGAAAUGUAACAAAGACCAUCGAGGAGUUAGAGCUGUUUGAUCCAGAGGCAUUUGAAGAUUGCAAGAGAAUAGCACGGAAGUACUCUAGUAAGUUAUUCACAAUAUACCAGACUAAAGAAAAUCGUUUCUUCUGCCCUUCCUAG